AUGAACAUUUCCUUCGCUCGGUUGCAAGCUUUCCGCAGUACUCGUGCAGUGAUGGAGCAACCGAAAGUGCCCGUGUCAGUGCCGACGGGACCAAGAGCCAAGAAGCGUUUUAUCAUGGUGUCUUCACGCGACGUCGAAAUCUACCCACUAGUAAUUUCGGUGUCUGUUGGCUUGGCAAUAGCCGCUUUUAGCCUCGCUCGCCACGGAUUGUCCGACCCUGACGUCAACUUGAGUCGUGACCGCCGUGAAACACCAGCGUGGGAGCGGUACAAGCCUGAGGAAGGGCAAGCAAUCUCGCGCAACCGCCACCACCUCGCCACUCUCACGCCAAACCCAAUGGACACGUUUCCAGAGGCGCAUCAGCUUCAAGAGAAAAUUGAUGAACCGUUCUUCAAACAACUGCUGGAUUCGAUUCGACCAGAGAACUGGACACGUUCCAACAUGAAGGCUUCUCUCGCUCGUAUGCAGAAGCUCGUCCAUGCCCAGGCAAUGGUGGAGCAACCACGAGUGCUUGUACCGAUACCAGCCGGCCCAAAAGCCAAGAAGAAUUUUAUCAUGGUGUCUUCACGCGACGCUGAAAUCUAUCCGCUAGUGGUUUCAGUGUCGGUUGGCCUUGCGAUCGGCGCUUUCAGCCUCGUUCGCCACGGAUUGUUCGAUCCAGACGUGAACGUGAGCCGUGAUCGACGCGAAACGCCAGCGUGGGAGCGAUACAAGCCCGAGGAAGGGCAAGCAUUCUCGCGCAACCGUCACCUCCUUGCCAAUCUUAAGCCUAACCCGGUCAACACAUCUCCAGAGGCACGCAAGCUUCGAGAAGGAGCCGAUGAACCGUUUUUGAAGCUUCUAUAGGAACUCGAUGGUGUUACAUGACUAAUGUGUAACGGCUUACCAACACGAACAUAUUCAACUAAAACAA